AUGUCGUCUUCGCUGCCGGGAAACCGGGACCUUCCCCCGUCCCAGUAUGACCUUUCUACCUAUUGGGGUCGUGUGCGCCAUGCCGCCGACAUCUCAGACCCCAGGAUGAUGUUCGUGUCAUCCACGGGUCUCGAGAGCGCCAAGAAGCUCAUCUCUUCCUACAAGCAGAACCACGUCCCCGCCAUGACGCCCGAGCUGUGGCGCGCGAAGAAGAUCGUGGACUCGACCCUGCACCCGGACACCGGUGAGCCGGUCUUCCUCCCGUUCCGCAUGUCCUGCUAUGUGCUCUCCAACCUGGUGGUGACGGCGGGUAUGCUCACCCCGGGCCUCAAGACCACCGGCACGCUCCUCUGGCAGAUCGCCAACCAGUCGCUCAACGUCGCCAUCAACAACGCCAACGCCAACAAGUCCACCCCGCUGUCCGUCUCGCAAAUGGCCCAGUCCUACCUGAUGGCCGUGUCGGCCUCCUGCUCCGUCGCCCUCGGCCUCAACGCCCUCGUGCCCCGCCUCAAGCGCGUCUCCCCCAAUACCAAGCUCAUCCUCGGCCGCCUCGUGCCCUUCGCCGCCGUCGCCUCCGCUUCCGCCCUCAACGUCUUCCUCAUGCGCGGCGAGGAAAUCCGCCAGGGCAUCGACGUCUACCCCGUCCUCUCUGACGCGGAGCGCGCCAAGCGCGAGGAGACCGGCGAGCCUGUCCAAAGCCUCGGCAAGAGCAAGAAGGCCGCCACCAUCGCCGUCGGCGAGACUGCCAUCUCCCGCGUCCUCAACGCUACCCCCAUCAUGGUCGUGCCUCCGCUCGUCCUCCUGCAGCUCGAGAAGACCGCCUGGCUGCGCGCCCGUCCCCGCAUGGUCACCCCCGUCAAUCUCGGAUUGAUCCUGGCCACCUCGCUGUUUGCGCUGCCGCUGGCUCUCGGCGCCUUCCCCCAGCGCCAGGCCAUCAGCGCGAGCACCCUCGAAGAGGAGUUCUGGGGCCGUGGUGGUAAGGAUGGUCAAGUCGAGUUUAACCGGGGCAUGUUUGCUCGGUAA